GAGCUGUCUGACUUGCGGCUUCUGCCAUCCAAUGUGAUGCGCACCUUGCCAUACACGACGUACAUCGCCGUGGGCUCCUAUGCGGUGCUCUGUUGGUCCCGCGAGGCAGCAUUACUGGAGGUUUGUCUUCUGACCAACGAGAUCUUGAAUGCAGUCUUCAAGAAGCUUUCAACCUUGUUGCUUGGAAAAGAGGACCGGGGGGGGUCACGCCCCAUGCAUGGUGGAAUUAUGAAGAGCGAUUACCACGGCAUGUUUUGCAACCCAUCGGGUAUUCAAUAA